CUUUCAGGUAGCGGAAAGAGCCAUUUGGCAAGAAUGUUGCGUGACCUUGAGGUAGAGAAUGGUGGUAAUGCCCCACGAAUUCACUCGAUAGAUGAUUACUUUAUGACUGAAGUUGAAAAGGUUGAUGAAAGUGAUGCUUCAAAGUCUGCAGGCUCUGCCAAAGGGAAAAAGUCUGUGAUAAAAAAGGUCAUUGAGUAUUGCUAUGAACCUGAAAUGGAGGAGGCUUAUCGGUCAAGCAUGUUGAAGGCAUUUAAGAAGACCCUUGAUGAUGGAGCUUUCUCCUUUGUAAUUGUGGAUGACCGCAAUCUGCGGGUAGCUGAUUUUGCUCAAUUUUGGGCAACUGCAAAGGUAUACUCUCAAUUCUUGAUUUCCUACGAACAGUAUAUGUGAUCUGUUCUUGGUAUAUCUGUUUGUGGGAUACUCUGAAGGUCUGAUUUUUCACCUUCAUAUGUACCUUUAUGUGGUAUUGUGAACCACACAUAGUCACAGUUGGGUCCCAUGUUAAGUAUCACUCUUGAGGUUUAGUUAAAGAAUCUCGUGUGAUGGCAAAUAAGCGUUGCAGGUUUUCAGUGAUGGACAAUUUGAAUAUAGAGAACUUUGUUUGAUGCUUAUUGUAUA